AACUCCGAAAGGGGCGUAGGCAUUAAUUAUAUGCAUUGAAAACAACAGUAUAUUUCAGAGUCAAUUUAAAACUGUCAUAAUAACAGUCGUCGUAAAAAUGAAUUUUGAUCUAGUAUACAAAGAAAUUGGAGACUUUGGCUUAUUCUCAAAAUACAUCGUUUAUGUUGGAUCGUUCACUAGCGUUUAUUCUGGGUUUCUGUUUAUCAACUCUUUCUUUAUUCUUGGAAUUCCUGAUCACAGGUGUGCUCUACCUGGAUGGGAAAACGACACCUACGCUGUUCAGAAUGACCGUCACCUUGACGUUAUAAACAGGACAAUCCCUCUGGCACCAACUACAGAGAAAUUCAAAUAUGAUCAAUGCAACUAUAGAACAGUAUCAGAAAAUGGGCACAUUUCUCUGAGAAAGUGCAAGAAAUGGGUGUACGACACUUCUGUUUACCAAUCUUCCUUGGCAGCAGAUUUAAACAUGGUGUGUGAUAGGAGCAUUCUGAAGUCCAAUGCUCAGAUGGUUUUCUUUGGAGGACUCCUGGCUGGUUCCUUCCUGACUGGAAUCUUUUCAGAUAGGUUUGGUCGGAAGCCCACACUAUGUAUUUCUUCUAUCUUCUACUUUCUGGCGGCGAUGGGCAUUGCCUGGACACCAAGCUACGUUGUGUAUGUCUUCUUGACGUUUUGUGUCGGAUUUUUCUCUGUCGGAAAUUUUAUGCCAUCCUAUGUUAUGGGAAUGGAAUUUGUUGGGCCAUCUAUGAGACGAUUUCCCGGUCUUGUUGGUGGUUAUUACUGGAUGGUUGGAAACUUGAUAUUGGCCGGACUUGGUUACGCUAUUCGAGACUGGAGUACUUUACAGAUCGUUUGUGCAGCGCCGGGCAUUCUCUUCCAGAUUUUCUGGUUUGUUUUCCCGGAGUCACCUAGAUGGCUGUAUACCCAAGGCAAACUUGAGGAGUCAAAGGCAGUCAUUCGUAAAGCCGCGAAAUGGGACAAGAUCACUUUGCCUGAGAAGUUUUUUGAUAAGGUGUUUAAAGAUGUACCGGAACCUAAUCAGGGGAAAAUAUGGCACCUGUUCACAUCUAGGGUCUUGUGCAUACGUACAUUGAUAAUCUUUUUUAACUGGUUUGUGGUGUGUUUAGCGUAUUAUGGACUUGCUCUGAACAGUGGAGAUCUAGGUGGAAGCAUGUACCUGAAUUUCUUUCUUCAAGGCCUAAUGGACUUUCCGGCAACCACAAUAACCCUGGUCCUUCUUGACAGAACAGGACGAAAGCCUUUGCUAGUGGGAAGCAUGAUAAUAGGUGGACUCGGCUGCCUAGCAACGGUGUUUACGAUUGUAUAUGGCGGAGAAGAAUACAGUGUUGCAACAACAGUUCUAGCUAUGCUUGGGAAAAUUGGGGCUUCGGCUGCUUUCUCCAUGGUGUACGUGUACUCGGCCGAAUUAUUUCCAACUGUGGUACGAAACGCUGGGAUGGGUUCAAGCUCCUGCUUGGCCCGUGUAGGGGGUAUGAGUGCUCCAUAUAUUGCCGAUCUGGAUCGCCUGGUGGGUGGUGGUUUUGGGAGAGCUCUGCCGCAGAUUGUUUUUGGUACUCUAUCAAUCAUUGCGGGUCUGUUAGCCAUUUACCUUCCUGAGACACUGAAUCGUAAUCUACCAGAGACGAUCGAACAAGGCAUAAAGUUUGGAAGGGAAGAAGAAGAGGAAGAAAAAGCAGACGAGAAAGAAAUUUACGUCAACAAAGCAUUGGACGACCUUGAACCGUGCACUCACCUGUGAUAUAGAGCUGUACUAUAAGGAUGUAAUUUUAUAUUUAUAUGAUGUAUCAGCUGCAGAAAAUAUACUCCAACCACCCGACAUGGAAAAAUGGAAUAAUAUCGCUUUAACCAAACGAAUACCUGAAAUAAACAUAUCUAAUUUUUUAUUGACUCUGAUUUUUUUUUUAUAUUUUGACUGUGAUUUUUUAUAUACAUGUAUUCCAAUACUAUUAAGCUUCAGCUGACAUAGUGAUAUAAUAAAAGGUGAUAAAAAUGUAAACAGGAAAGUCAAUGAUAGGGCGAAUCAAAGGCAAUGGGUAAAUUCGACCUCCAACACUAACGAAUACAAACUCAUUUGUCAUGGAGAAAUUUUAACCCUUACCCUGCUAAAUUUCUAUAAUGAACUUGUCCAUCUUCUAAUUUCGACAGUACCAUUAACUGUUAAAAGGGGUGCUUAUCAAAAAGAUACUGACUGAAUGGCGAACAGUGCAGAUCAUGAGCCUUAGAUACUAAAUUAGUUACACUUUAUCAAGACCUCUAGAACGUGACAUUAGUUACUCUUUUUCAAUAUCAUAUCUGAAGAGUCUAAAACAGAAAUGAAGAGACAUAGAAUCUUAAACUUAUUACUAUUUAUCAAGACCAUUUCUGGAGAUCCC